AUGCUGUUCGACGUAUCGCUGUUCGUAUUCAUCUUCCAUCUCUGUGGUGUCUCUAGAUGUAAAGCCUCAUCUGCGAGCGAACCCAAGGUCGCCAUUCAAGAUGUGUCGCCCGACAGUCCGAUAGCCGAUAUCGUGUACUUGGGUGAAAAACAAGAAGUCAUAUUAUUCCGGACAGAGAACGGACACGUGUACAGGUCGCCCGACUCCGGCCUGUCCUGGCAGAAAAUAACAGAUGGUCUCGGCCAAAAGUCUAUCACGCGAACAACUGGUGUCAAUGAGAUGCCUGCUGACAGCGACCGAAUAAAGCUGAUUGGACCGCAUCCCAGCGACAACAAUGUCGUUCUCCUAGUAGGAGUGAAGCACGUGCACUACCUCAGUGAGGAUUCAGGCAAGUCGUGGAGGUUUAUCAAGCACCAGGGCCUUCAUACGUACUUGUUCCACCCAACUGACUCAAAGUCGGCUCUCGUAUCCUCCUGGAGCAAAUCCUGCGAUCUCCACACGCAUGAGCGAGAUCCUGAUAAUGCUUGCCAGCACGCUCUCUACCGCACCAGUGACGGUGGCAAGACUUUCUCUAUAGUAGCAUCAUAUGUUGUCCAGUUCAGUUGGGGAUCUACCAAGUUCGGAUCUGCCAAUAGGAUAUAUUUCACACAUCACAAGAAGAAGUCUGGAGACCAACCACAUCUCCACGGAUGGUUCUCAGACAUCGACUUUGCGUGCACUGAUGACAACGGGCAAUCGGUCAAUACUCUCAUACCCGGUGGCAACAAGUUUGUCAUGACCAAGGAUUACCUCUUCGUGGCUAAAGCCGAAGAGGUCUCAGGCAACACCGUUCGGUUGGAAGUAUCAGCCAACGGCGCGAAAUCGUUCGCUACAGCGAGGAUCCCGGUAGCACUGGAACAACACAGCUACACGAUCCUCGACGCCGCCCACGGUUUUGUCAUGCUCCACGUCCAUCACGGGUGGAAAAACGGUCGAGAGGUUGGCAACAUCUACGCAAGCGAUGCAACGGGAACACUAUUCUCUCUUAGCUUGCCCAAUGUGUGUCUGAACCUGAGCGAGGCGUUUGCUGUAGGCAAUGUUGGUCCCUUUUUACGGUAUGAACUAGAUGACAUCAACACGUAUCUUUCCCGUGAUGGUGGCCUCACAUGGCAAGAAGUCCAUGCGGGCUCAUACUCUUAUGAGAUUGGUGACCAUGGAGCCUUGAUAGUGAUGGCAGAUGCAACUCGAAAAACUAACAGUAUUGUUUUCUCAUGGACCGAGGGGUCUGACUGGUAUGAUUUCGACCUGGGCGCAGAGCCUUUCCACGUUACCAACAUUCUCACAUCGGACUCAGCGGCAUCGACCAAAUUCGUCGUAUACGGCACGCGAGACUACCAGGGUGUACUCUAUCAUCUCGACUUUUCGACGAUUCUGCCAAGAAUAUGUAGCGGCUAUUGGGCUCCUGAUGGCCCAUCGAGCGACUACGAAACCUGGAUACCCAGCGCUGGCCUAGUGUCCACUGGUUCGUGCCUUCUCGGACGCAUCACCAGUUAUGUCCGCCGAAAGCCACAUGCAAAGUGCUUCAACGGUGAAAAGUUUGAAAGGCCCGUCUUCAAGAACAACUGUCCAUGCACCUUGGAGGACUAUCAUUGCGCGUUAGGCUUCGCGAGGACGUUGGGUGAAACUGAAUGCAAGCCAGUCGAUGUUGACGCGGUGUUAACACCAGAAGAGAUGGAAUGCACAUCCUCGAGUGCAUACUUCGCGGACGCCUAUCGUAGAGUCCCUGGCGAUACUUGUGAAGGUGGUUUCGUCCCAGCCCAGGCCCAGGUGCCGUGCCCUAGCUCUAGCCCGCUCUCUAAAGCGGCCUGGGUAGCGGUUGGUCUCGUCGUGUUCAUCAUCAUCGUGCUCAUUGGUCUGAAUCAUGCCUCUUCUGGACCGGGCAGCAAUGGUGGCUUCGAAACUCUGAGGUAUGUUAAGUAUGCCACCUUGGCCAGAGCUGGCAAGGAAGCGGUAGGAUACAUGAGCGAUAAUGAGGAUGAUNNNNCGACCAUGGAGAUGCUCAACGUCGGCGUGGAGACCUCCAGGUGA